AUGGCCCAGGCCAUCACCAUGCUUGCAUAUCUGGAAAAGGCAUAUCCUAUGUACACGAUACCGGAUAUUAUGCUUGGCAAGCGCCAGUUCCACGGAAGGACUAUACCAUCGCACUACUGGACGGGGCUUCGGCUGCACAGCGGUUUCGCUCCAAAACAUCCACCAUACGCAGCGUUCCAUCUCCCACAACUCGGACCCCACGAACAGCUAGAGCCUCGUCCGGCGCUUUCCCGUGAUAUCCACCAAGACGUUACACUUGCAUACUGCCAGGUUCUGCUCAGGCGUCCUCUGCGGGCACAGUCGUCCUGA